AUGGCGCUGGGUACGUCUGCCUAUGUUCCUUCGUCACAAGCAUGGUUCAAAAUACGCAAAGUGGAUAGAAGACCUUUAUUUUUAUCGUCCUAUUCCACAUCGGCAGGAGGAGCAUAUGACGUCAAGCGAUCAAAUCGCGGCAGACCGUUCAAGGUGCUGUUUUGUGGUACAGAUGAUUUUGCAUUGGAGUGUCUCGAAAAGCUACAUGCAAAUCCCGAUAUAUGCGAUCACAUUCAAGUCUUGACCCCGGCAGAUGCACCCAAUCGAUGGGAACGUUCAAAGAAGGUGGUAACGAUUCCACCCGUAAAAUCAUUCGCUCUUGUCAAUGGCUUGGCACAACAUACGAUCCCGGAAGGGGGUUUGGAUGAAUUCGAGAUCCCGAAAGAAUUCAUCAAAGAAGCAGAGAGUAGUAUCCUUUUGACUGUUUCUUUCGGUCAUCUUAUCCCGCCAAAGAUGCUGGAUCACUUUUUAUGGUCUAGACGAUUGAACGUUCAUCCGAGUCUUCUACCCGCAUUGAAGGGUGCUGCUCCGAUUCAAUGGGCUAUAGCAAGGGGCUUACAAGCUACCGGGGUAAGCAUUCAGACGUUGGGCACGUCAUUCGAUUCGGGCGAGGUGUUGAGCCGAGAAGAAGUCGCUAUCCCACCAAGUUCCAGCUAUAAAUCUUUGCGAGAGAUUAUCAAACCGAUCGCUGCUGAAAGACUGCUGUUUACGCUUUCAAACUUACAAGAAUGUGCAGAUACUGCAUGGAAGAAUAAAGACAGGCCAAAUGAAAUCGAACAAUCUCAUGCACCUAUGAUCAAACCACGAAUGACCUCUAUCCGCUGGAGCACAUGGAGUGCCAGUAAAAUCGAAGCGAGACAUAGGGCGAUGGGAUAUCUAUUCUCAUUAAGAACUGAAAUCAUCACGCAAACAGGAGAACGGGCAGCGGUUCUACUGAGGGAUGUAGACUUAUACCAUCAUGACCUUGACUCACCCGGCAAGCCUCUUUCGGAACAAGCGUUCCAACUAAUCAAAAAUGCAGAGCCUGGUGAGCUUGUGCAUGAUAAGGAGAGCAAUCGUGUUCUUUGCCGCUGCGCUCCUGAAGCUGAUGGAAAUGAGCAUAUCUUCCUCCAACUAAAAUCGGUGCAAACAGCAGGCAAGAAAGAGGUGCCUGCAGAUCAAUGGAUAAACGGUUACACAACCACGAAAGGAUCAAUUCGGACAGCAAGGUUUCUGGAUGCAAAUUGA